AUGGCGGUCGCUGAUAACAUGUCCACUCACCAACGGCGACAAUCCGAACCGUCUAUACCUACCUCCGACUUGAUCCUCCGCGAGACGCAAUAUUUAUACUCAUUCACGCUCCUCAUUGCCUUCGUAUCAUGCGUGGCAUGGUACAGCAUUUAUAAUGCCAAAAAGCAGGAGAGCAUUGUCCAAUCCCAGGUAAAAGGCCCUGGAGGAAAGCCGUUGCCUGUCACCAAGAAGAGGGCCAAGGACGAUGGCGAGCGAAAGCUAGGCCCUCACUUUGGCCCGACUGCCAAAAACGUCUUCCGGUAUCUGGCUGGAGUAGUUUUCCUCUCCUAUGUUGCAACUGGCGCCUCCAUGUUUGACCAUGCCUUCUACCACGACAACCCGUUCAAAUGGUCCAAGGACGGCCUCGCCUGGGCUGGUGAGUGGACUGUUGUCCACGUGCUGGGCUCCAUUUUCUUCUACCUCUACAUCUGUUUCUCGCUUUUCGACUGGAAAAAAGGACCCAACGUCGUCCACCUCCUGAUCUGGGUUCUCGGCCUAGCUGGCGAGGUUGUUCUCUUCUCGACCACCUUUAUCGCUGCGAGCGAAUGCCACUUUUACAAGCCCGAGGCCCCCGAAAAUGACAAAAAUUGCAUUGAUCACUGGACCAAAAUCGAAUUAGUGCUCUACUUUGUCCGCAUUCUGCAUUUGAUUGCCCUCAUCGGUCUCUUCAGCAUUGCCUGGAUUGGCAAAGUGCGAUCAGCAGGCUCUUACAAACUCGAAGAUGGCUUUGCCCAUGAGCAGACUCCUCUUUUGAAUGGCAAUCAUAGGUCCUAUGACGCACAAAACGGCGAUACCAAUCGUUCCGAGUCUAACGCCCGCGAAUCAUAUUCUCGACGCUCUCGAGGCCGAACCAUGUCUAAUGCCGCCAAACAAGCGGCUCCUGCUUCGCGCAAAGACGAGAACGCCGCCUUUUAUCGACCACAGAAGCUGCCUCACAAGACUUGGUGGGAGUACGUCCGCGGAUAUUCUCUCUUCUUUCCCUACUUGUGGCCCAAGGAUUCUGUUAGACUGCAGCUGCAAGUUCUUCUUUGCUUCAUCUUGGUUAUUAUUCAGCGCAUUGUCAACAUCAUCGUUCCGAACCAGAUCGGUGAGGUCGUUAAGCAGCUCAAUUAUGCCAUCAAGGAAGUGCAGGAUGGACAACCGCUGACUAUGGAUCUCUUUCCACUUCGCGCUUCCCUAUUUCUUGGAGUCCUCUGGAUUCUUCAGGGUAUGCUCGGCCCGCUUCGCUCCUUGCUCUGGAUUCCGGUCUCACAGUACUCAUAUCGGGGCUUGACAACGGCCGCCUUCAACCAUGUGCAUUCUCUCAGCUUGGACUUCCAUUUGUCCAAGCGCACAGGUGAAGUCUUGUCCGCGCUGAACAAGGGAUCUUCCAUCAACUCUUUCCUCGAACAGGUCACUUUCCAGGUCAUUCCCAUGCUCUUCGAUUUGAUCUUGUCUAUCAGCGUCUUCUACUUCAAAUUUGGUCCUCUAUACGCUCAGAUCAACUUGAUCGAUACCUGCUGGUACCUCUACAUGACGAUCAAGAUGGCAUCGACUAGAGCUGACCAACGACGCGAAAUGACAAACGCUGACAGGGAGGAAGAGGCCGUCAAGAAUGAUUCGAUAUCUAGCUACGAGACCGUCAAGUACUUCAACGCCGAAGAUUACGAGUCCAACCGCUAUCGUGACAAGGUUGGAGCCUAUCAAACGGCCGAAGCCAAGGUGCAGAUGGGCAUGGUCAUGAUGAAUGUUUGCCAGACGCUGGUCUUCAACCUCGGCCGAAUUCUGGCAGCCCUCAUCUGUGGCUGGCAAGUUGCAGUGGGAAUGCGCGAAUCCCCCGAUUGGUUUGUCGUGAUCUCCUACCUGACCCAGCUCCAAGGCCCACUCAACUUCUUCGGCACCUUUUACCGUACCGUACAACAGUCCAUGAUUUCUGGCGAGCGCUUGCUCGAACUCUUCAAGAUUCAACCCACGGUCGUUGACAGUCCCAACGCAAAGCCCCUCGAAGAAUUCUCUGGCCAUAUCCGCUGGAAAAAUGUCUGCUUUUCUUACGACAGGCGGCGUCCAGCGCUGCGCAAUAUCAGCUUCGAGUGCCAGCCUGGCACCACGACUGCCUUUGUUGGUGAGUCCGGUGGCGGUAAAUCGACCCUGUUCCGCCACAUGUUCCGAUACUACGAUUGCGAUGAAGGCAGCAUCGAGCUGGAUGGCAAGGAUGUUCGAGACCUGACCAUUUCGUCUGUUCGACGUCAUAUUGGUGUCGUACCUCAGGACACAACGUUGUUCAAUGAAUCACUCAUGUACAACUUGAGAUACGCAAACCCAAAUGCCACGGAUGAGGAAGUGUUUGCAGCCUGCAAAGCGGCCAGCAUUCACGACCGAAUCCUGUCCUUCCCAGACCAGUACGAAACACAGGUUGGAGAGCGUGGCUUGAGACUGAGCGGAGGCGAGAAACAGCGUGUUGCCAUUGCUCGCACAAUUCUCAAGGAUCCUCGCAUCAUCAUGCUUGACGAAGCUACUUCGGCUCUGGAUUCUCACACCGAGCAGGAAAUCCAAGAGAAUGUCUGGAGCAUUGGCCAAGGCCGCACCCUUCUUAUUAUUGCUCAUCGCUUGUCUACGAUUACUCACGCCGACCAGAUUAUUGUGCUCAACGCGGGCACAAUCGUCGAAAAGGGCACGCACGAGGAGCUCCUGGCCGCUGGUGGCCGGUACGCGUCCAUGUGGGAGAAGCAAAUCCGUGCAGAACGCGCACUUGACGCUGCCAGAGAAGCUACUCUGCGCGCUACGCGUGCUCUCCGCAGAGCCAACAUGAACCACAAGAAGGCAGCCGAGGCACCCCUUGACGGCUAUAACAGUCUGGGCUCGUCAGCUUCUCUUUCUGGCAACAAUGCAAGGAGCGGAUCCAAGAACAGCAAGAGUGAAGAUACCACCGAGGAAGUCACCACCUCCGGCUCUUCGUCGUCUGACGAAGAGUCGGGACACACCGAAGAGCACUCGCGAGAGCGCAAACCGCAUCAGUAA